AAUGAAAAAAAGCUAAAAUGUAGAAAAAGUUGAAAAUAAUUUAUACAUACGAGUCUCUAUGAAAUGCGGGAAGCUGUGUAUGAUCGUUUUCAAAUGUGCCGCAGCCAGUUGCAUAUGAAAAGGCUGUGAGAAAUGUGCUUGUGAGAUUUGUAUUUUGUGACGAGGGAAGCUGUGCUGUUCGCGAUAUUAGGGAUUUUUUAAGUGAAAUUUUACUAAGUUUACAGCAACAAAAUGCCACCAAGAAAACAUAAAAACAAAAAGAAGCAUCACCAACACCAAGCUCAACAACAGCAACAACAAGUGUCGCCUGUGCAAUCGAGCAAUAAAAGUUCUCCAACCAAAAUGGAAGGCAAUACUGAGUCUUGCGAUUCAACAUCAAAGCAGCUUCCCUUUAGAAUUGAAAAAUCAACGGUACUGGGUCGCUACGUGGUGGCGAAUCGCGACUUGAAAGCCGGUGAACUGCUCAUUACAGAGGAGCCUUUAGCCAUUGGACCGUGUGUUUCAGCCGAUGCCGUCUGUUUGGGUUGUUAUAUGCCAGUGGAGUUGCAGUCAGCACAAUAUCGCUGCUCGGCUUGCAAAUGGCCAAUGUGUGGCCCGCAAUGCCGUGGCUUGCAUCAGCCCACAGGACACACCGCACAGGAGUGUGAGCUGCUGCGUACGCAUAAACUGGGCGAGGCGCUGGAAGCCAUACGCGACAAACCGGAUUUGGUGAAGAACUACUAUGAACUCAUACUGAUUGUGCGCAUCUUCCUAAUCAAACAAAAUGCACCGGAAAUAUACGCCGACAUAUUGCAAAUGGAAUCACAUACGGAGCUGCGUAAAUCCAAUAUCGAAUUGUGGCAAUACUAUGAGCAGAAUGUGGUGCAACGGCUGCAAAGGGAUUGGGCCAUGGCGGCGCUCACCGUCGAUGAGAUACACACCGUUUGCGGUAUUUUGGAUGUGAACUGCUUUGAAAUUGGUCAAAAUUCGGCGAAGGCACGUUGUUUGUACAAGAGCGCGUUUUUGUUGGCGCACGAUUGUUGUCCUAAUACGGCGCACACCGAUGAUCCGCAAAGUUACGCGAUCAUUUUACGCACAUCGCGUGCGAUACGAAAGGACGAGGGCAUCACACUGAGCUAUGCUUACACGCUGCAGGGCACCCUGAAGCGUCGCGAGUUCAUGCACGCUGGCAAAUUGUUCUGGUGUUGCUGUCAGCGUUGCGCCGAUCCGAAGGAGCUCGGUACAGAUUGUAGCGCGCUGUUGUGUCCGAAGUGUAAAAGUGGAUCUGUACGUUCUGUAGAGCCACUGAAUCAGUCGGCGGCUUGGAGUUGUGAUCGCUGUGACUAUACGCUAAAAUCGACGGAGAUUGUGAAAUUAUUAGACACAAUUAAUAUGAAUUUGGAGAGCAUAGAUGCGCACAAUAUACCGGGACUGGAAGGUUUCCUAAAAAAAUAUGAACGCGUGCUCGGACCCAAUCACUACCUACUGCUUUCAGCGAAAUAUUCUCUCUGUCAAAUCUAUGGGCGUAUUGAGGGUUAUCUGCUACAUACAAUGCCGCUGGAAAAUGUAGAGAAGAAGGAGAAUUAUUGUCGCCAUUUUCUGAGUAUUAUUAAUGUCUUGGAACCAGGGCUAACACGUUUGAGAGGUCUCAUUUUAUAUGAACUACAUGGCGCCAUAAUGAUGCGUUCACAGCGCUUGAUGAUGACCGGCGGCAUAGGUGAGGCAGAAUUCAAGCGUAACAUUAAGGAGGUCAUCAAAUGUUUGCAGGAGAGUCGAGAUAUUCUGCUGUUAGAGCCGAUUGGUUCGAGUGAACAUGAAAUGGGCUCAGCAGCGGCAGGUGCGCUAACAGAAAUGGGCGUCAAGUGAACCGGACAGGAUCACUUUCAUCAGUUUUUUAGUGCAACAUACAUUUUCGUAUGCAUUUCGCUGUAAUUUUUGACCUCGAAGUUGAUUUUAUGCGUGUUUUCUCCUCAGGUGGCAUAAUUUUGGCUGUACUACCGACAAUUGUUCCAUUCAAGUCACAACAACACAUCCGCAUACACAUCAACAAAGACAUAUUUUUCAUUUCAACUAUACAUACACACACACAUAAAAAUUUCAAGACUACGAGUGCCAUAAUUUUGCAUGAUCAUGCACAAACUUACAUUUAUAAGCAUGGAAAUAAUAUUUUACUCUCUGAAGUACCAUUACCAACAUAUACCAACAUACACAUACCACUACCAACAUAUCUGCCACUAUAUUCCAUACAUUUGCAUGUAUUCUUUUUAGAAUAAAAUCUUUCAUUACAUUUUUUUUAGUUUUAAAGUGUUUCAUACUAUAUCGCCCUAGAAAUACAGGGUAAGUAAAUUCAUCAAAGCAGAUCACUAGUCUAUUCUCAUUAAUGCAUGGUGUUACUAUUGAGGACUUUACUUCAGAAUUUCCAGAAUUUGAGAGAAUCAAUACAUUUUCAUCAACUUUAUUUCGUUAGUAAUUUCAAUUUCAAAAUCUAAGAUUAUCAAUCAUAUAGAAAUACCCUCUUAUUACACAAAUCAUGUUCCAUUAAACAUUAUUCACAAGAUUUUUGUUCAUAAAUAGUAAAAAAAUAUAUCUGAAGUCACAAUUCAUCGAUCAUAGAUCAACAACAUAACAUAGAUCGAUUCAGUAGUCAUACAAUAAAUCAUAAAUCACAAUUCAUCAAAGAAAAUUCAUGAUUCAUAAAUUUUUAUUCAUAUAUUGCAUGUCAUAUAUGAAGAACCAUCAAUCGUCUUGCACCUCAUGGAUUUCUCUACUCAUUGCACAUUCAUCGUCAAUGAUCCACACUUCACUGAUUUCACCUUCAUUAUACAUUAAUGGCUCAUCUUAAAUAUUUUCCAAAAUUAUUUAUUUAGCAUGCUCCAUUUAUCAUAGACAUGAACCAUAAUAUUCCGUAAAAAUUAAGGAUUUUUUACAAUUAUUUAUUUAGCAUGCCCCAUUUAGCAUAGACAUGAAUUAUAAUAUUCCGUAAAAAUUCAAAUUAUCAUAAGACGAUCAUUUGGUUGAAAUUUAUCAUUUAUUCACUUGCAUGGUAUUUGACAUUCAUCAUAUCACUUCUUCGCUUGUUUUAUUUUUGGAAUCACCAUUUAUUAUUCAUUCCUUAAUCAUUAUGCAUGUUUUAUUCGCCAAAUAUUCAUCAAUGGUUGAUGCAUGGUUUAUUCGUCAUUCAAUAUUUCUAAAUCAUAACUAAACUUAUUUUCACUUCAUUUAUUAUAUGAUUUGUAAAUCAUCACUUAAAGUUUGAAAUUUAUCAUUAACAUCUCAAACAUUCGUCACUUUCCAUUUGUCACAAAUCCGAUUUUCCAUUCUCCAUUCAAUCAUUCGUCACUUUCCAUUUUUCGCAAAUCCGAUUUUCCAUUCUCCAUUCAUUACACACCACACAAUUAUAAUUAAAAGUUUCACAGUUUGAAAACUAUAUAAAUCCUUACUCAGCAAUUAUAAGAAAAUUAGUCAUUAAACAAUCACAUUCAAUCAGUACAUUCAUUCCUCAUCACUCACUUCAAAUCAGAAUCUUAAAUCAAAAUUCAUCUAAGUCAAACUUAAAGAAGUUUUGCAUGCUGACAACUAAAGAAAAUGCAAAAUUUAUAGCAGUUUUGCAUGCUGAAAACUUAAAAACAAAUACAUUAAUAAUCAACCGUAGUUCCGGAUUAUUAUUUGAAAAAUCACUUAUUUAAGAUUUAAUUGAUCAGUCAUUAGUCGUUGCAUGUCUCAGUCAAUCAUGAAAUCUCACAAAGCACCUUUGCAUGCUAAACACUUGAAAAAUAUCAAUCCUUACUCAUCAAUCAGAGUUCAUAAUUAGUCAUUUUGUCAUUACUUUCGAUUUAUUCGAAUAUUCACUUAUCAUGGGCUCCAUACUCGUAUCAUAUUCAGUAAAUAAAGUUACUAGAGUAUUCUAGUCUCACUUUUCAGUCAUAAUUCACGAUACGUGACUGAAAAAUGUUUUUUCAUUCAUUCCUGAGCAAUCUCAUUGGAAAUUAGCCAUUAUUCAUAUAAUACGAGUAUGUCAUAGGGGUAAACAAAAAUCGGAGAAUGAUAGUUUACUAAAACAUUUAUGAAAUUGAUAAAAAGUUGCAUGUGUGAAGUAUUUUAAUAAAGCCCGCUACUAUUAUAAAAUCAGAGCGGGGAAAAUAAUUUUAAAUUCAAAUUCAGGAGAAUUUAUGUAGUAGCUUCAAUAUCAAAAAUUAUGCUGGAAGGAACAUUGUCACUGUAGAGCUCCACAGAAAAUAAUUUGGGAUCCGCCGUUGAUAUACAUAUAACCUAAUAUCUAUUAUGUAUUACAUCCAUUUAUAACACAUCUCAUAUAUCAUUUUGGGUAUAUAGUUUGUUACAUAUAAACUAGAAGUAAUGCAUGAUUAUGAGCGGUCAUCAGUUCUCUAUCACAACCAUAUACUAUGUAUUAGAUUAUUUGAAAUUACUAUUGAUUAUUUAUCCCCCAUCUUUUGUUAUUUUUCACAUUUCAUAAAUUAUCGUUAAAUUGAACCAUCGUAUUUGGCCUUUAUUAUCUGUGACCUACAAUAGAAUGUCAUCUGUCAUCUAUCAUCAACCAUUUGCCACAGAUAAUGUUAUUUGGAUUAUCUUUGAUAUGUUAUCUGCAUGUUUCAUUCAAAGAGAUCAGUCAUAUUAGGUGCUCUCAUGUAACCAUUAUAGAUUAUCUACCACCUUCGUUCUUACAUAUCAAUCACCAAUCAACAGACAUUAUCUACAUUGAGUUGCAUCAUUCAAGCUACACAACUGGACUUGAUAAUUUGGAGCAGAUAACACCACCAAUGGCCAGUCACCGGCACUAAAGGAAUGCCGGAAAUUAAUUGUUGCUCUUCUUAUUAUUGUAAUCUAUUUUAGAACACGCGAAAAAGUAAAUAUAAGAAUUUAUGUACAUGUAUUGUAUAUGAGUAUGUAAAACAUAGUAGUAUGCCUCUAAAUAAUUGAAUAGUUUUAUGUCAGUCAUUAAAACCAUUUGUGGUAUAAUAACAGAUAACCGCAAAAAAAACAGCAUAAUGACGUCAAAACAAUUAAAUUACACUUACAACAUUUGUUGCAUGUUGAAUGAGGUUAUAAACCGCAACAGUGCGCCGCAAAAAUAUAAAACUCAUAGAAGU